CCGACCUGCCAAGAAUGGAAUCCUAAUUUGCUCCUCGCCAUGGCUCACUCGUCCUGGCUCUCUCGCUUACGCUCCUCUUCAAAGGUCUCAUACGCCAAUCUCCGCGCCUCUUUUUUUCAAAAGACUCACCACGACUCCACGACAACGAAGUUCGUCGAGUCCAGUAGAGUGAAGAAACCAUAUCUGUUUUGGUCGAGCUCUCUGCUGCCGAUCACGCUCGCCGUCUCCGCUGGGUCGCUGAUGGUUCAGAGUCCUUCUCAUCUGUCUUUUUGUGACGCUUCCAGCCUCAACUCUAGUGGUGUGAGCUUUGGAGGCAAAGGCAGCACAGGGUUUGUUGUGGAGGGUUCGCUUACGGAAAUUCCUCAACAGCUUAUUGAUGAAUUGAAAGUUAUCUGUCAGGACAACAUGACAAUGGAUCAUGAAGAGAGGUUCUUCCAUGGGAAACCACAAUACAGCUUUCACAAAGCAGUUAAUAUCCCCGAUGUGGUUGUUUUUCCAAGGUCAGAAGAAGAAGUUUCCAAGAUUGUCAAAUCUUGUGACAAGCAUAAGGUACCUAUUGUACCAUAUGGUGGAGCCACAUCGAUUGAAGGUCACACCUUAUCUCCUCAUGGAGGUGUUUGCAUUGACAUGUCAUUAAUGAAGAGGGUUAAAGAACUGCAUGUUAAGGACAUGGAUGUGGUUGUUGAGCCUGGAAUUGGAUGGAUGGAGCUUAAUGAAUACUUGGAGCCUUAUGGUCUAUUCUUCCCUCUUGAUCCUGGGCCUGGUGCAACCAUUGGGGGUAUGUGUGCUACGCGCUGCUCUGGAUCUUUGGCAGUGAGGUAUGGAACUAUGCGAGAGAAUGUGAUCAGUCUGAAGGUUGUUCUUGCUAAUGGAGAUAUUGUCAAGACAAGUUCUCGUGCUCGGAAGAGUGCUGCAGGGUAUGAUUUGACUCGCCUAAUGAUUGGAAGUGAAGGAACCUUGGGUGUUGUUACUGAAGCCACCUUACGACUUCAAAAACUUCCAACGCAUUCAGUGGUUGCAAUGUGUAAUUUUCCUACUAUCAAGGAUGCAGCCGAUGUUGCUAUUGCCACUAUGCUCUCUGGGAUACAGGUGUCAAGGAUGGAGUUAUUGGACGAGGUUCAAGUGAGGGCUAUUAAUCUCGCUAAUGAAAAGAAUUUGCCUGAAGUUCCAACUUUGAUGUUUGAAUUUAUAGGCACUGAGGCAUAUUCACACGAGCAAACACUGAUUGUUCAGAAGAUUGUUGCUGAGCACCAUGGAUCAGACUUUGUUUUUGCUGAAGAUGCUGAGGCUAAAAAGGAACUUUGGAAGAUAAGAAAGGAGGCUCUUUGGGCUUGCUUUGCCAUGGAACCCAAUUUUGAGGCGAUGAUUUCAGAUGUUUGUGUUCCUCUAUCAUGCCUUGCAGAAUUGAUAUCAAGGUCAAAAGAAAAGCUAGAUGCAUCACCACUGGUUUGCACUGUCAUUGCUCAUGCAGGUGAUGGGAACUUCCACACUGUGAUUCUGUUUGAUCCCAACCAAGAAGACCAUAGGCAGGAAGCAGGGAGACUGAACCAGUUUAUGGUAUAUACUGCUUUGUCAAUGGAAGGAACAUGUACUGGUGAACAUGGUGUUGGCACAGGAAAGAUGAAGUAUCUUGAAAAGGAACUUGGGAUGGAAGCCUUGCAGACAAUGAAAAGAAUAAAAUCAGCUUUAGAUCCCAACAAUAUCAUGAAUCCAGGAAAGCUCAUUCCUCCCCAUGUUUGCUUCUGAGAGAGAGAUAUCCAUGCGCCCUGCACUUUUUCUCGAGUGCUGUUGUAUCUCCCAGGUAGGUUUCUGCAACUCUUUCUACUAUCUGAAAAUGGACCAUAAACCUAAUCUAGAUCAUCCUGAUGGAGAAGUUGAUGCCCAUCCUCCUGCCCUCUCCUUUGUUAAGAUGCCAGAAAUUGCUCACAUCUCUCUCUUUUUUCUUUGGAAUCUUAUUGGGGUUGUAUGUGGAAACCCUCUAUGUAUGCUGAUAAGAUAUGAGCAUGAAAAAUCUUUUCGAUGAUGAAUUACUUCUAUUUUAGUUUUUCCC